CACGUGUCCCUUGCUUUCUGCCAUCAUGUCGGUCCUUGGCCGCACUUUCCUUCUCAUCGCUACGAUAGCCAUUUUUCACGCUGCAUUUUCUACAUAUGAACACCUUUCACAUCUGAAAGCCUUGGAAAGACCCGAAGGACAGCUACCGCAGGACAUCGUAAUUGAAGCAUUCGUGGCACUAGCACUUGGAAUUCUGGGGGCAUCCCUCAACGCUCCACCUUUGAAAGAGAUAACAUGGGCGAGUGAAAUGGACAAACGGUGGGCAUCACGAUUCUUUCUCAGCUCAUAAUGUCUGUAACUUCGGAUAGGUCAAUCGACGAAAUGGAUGCCAGACCAAGUUUUGCCAGCUAUGUAAAUCGCGGAAAGAAUAUACUGUCCUAGCACUAGCUGUAUCUUUAUUGCAUGAUAAAAGUAUUUAGAGGGAUAAUGAGUACGCUGUUACUUGGCCGACAGCUCUACUGCAUUCUUGAAAGCACUGAGAAGCGCCGUCAGCUGUAUCUUUUCGCUACCACCAGUGGACAAACGAUGUC